UACCAAGCGAAAUCUCCUGAGAAUUUAUUUUAUAAUAUCAAUAAUCUCGCAUGUUCCUUGUCCUGGUUAGUUAAGUUUGGUACGAAUUUAUUUGCAUUUAAAAUAAUCUUAAAUCGAAAUUUAAGAAAUACUGUUUUUUAAUGGUUAAUAAUGGUUAAUAAAAUAUUCAUGAUAAAUAUUUGUAAUUUUUUUUUAAUCGAUCUUUCCAUCUUUCUUUCUGUCCAUUUUGUUGGCUUGUUUACAAUUCUCUGUAUCUCGAACUCAACUUUGACAAUUAACGAAAUUAUGAAUCUUUUCGUUCGUGUCAUUUUCUAUGCUGAACUUCCCUUACUACCGUUUACUUUAUAAAUUAUUAACAGUAUGAGAAAUAGUAAUGUCAUCCUUAACUAGCCAAGGAAAACAGCCAGUCAAAAAUGUCUUGACUCCUGGAAUCCAACGCAAAUAUUUUUCUUUGAUCAAUCUGCAAAUGAGAAAUUAA